AUGGCGGGCGGCUUCAUUCCGGAAGCAGACAGCAGCGCUUCCAACGCAGCACGGAUCCCUGCUCCCACAAGAAAGGCCUGCCAGCCGCUACUCGCCCUGACGCCAAAGCAGGAGACGCGCCUUUGCGCUCAUCUCGAUGAUCGCCUUCUUGGGCUGGAGAGGGACGAGCGUAAGCAAGCCUUCGGAUCGAUCCCACUACUCCUAGAUCGUCUCUUUCCCCUCCUUCAUCUGACUCUCCAAAUCCCUGCUCGAACACCAUGGGCCGAUCUGCGCGUCUCGUACCUCUUGAACCUCACUGGCUUCUUGGCGACAUAUGUCACAUCAAUGCCCCUUCUCACAUCAGGAGCUAUGCGGCGGAAAGGCAAAGAAGCGGAACAUGAAGCAGGGAGGGUGAUGCGCGAUGUCCUGGGCUUUUUGGCCGAGGUGGAGCGGGGAUGGAUGGCUGUUCUGGGAGGACAGGGGUGGGUGAUGGACGAAAACGAGGAAGAGGGUGUGAAAGAGGAGGAAGGGGAAGAAGGGGAAGUAAGGAGGAGGCUGGGACAUGGGGUUCCGGUGGACUUUGCGGGAAGUGUGGGGCAGACUGAGCGGACAAGACUACGAUCCAUCAUCAUCUCCUCACGAGCCAAAUUCACCGCCUGGGCGAGAACAUACGGCUCCUUCGCUGGCUCAAGCCUGGAAGAUACCGCUCAAGCGGCCCGAGGGGAAAGGCGGACGAUGGGAUGCGAGGGUCCAGCAGACUUCGAUCCUGAUCCGCCGACAUCGUAUCCUGCUCUCGCUCCGGCAUCUCGCGCUGGGGAUUCGGUGGAGAGCGCGGGAGUCGGGGGAGGCGCAUGGGAAGAUCGGAUAUUGGGAAUGUGGAAUACCAUCCUUGAGAGCUUGACGGACCAGGAUCUGGGCGCUGGUAGAGGUCGAUAA